AUGUUUUACUUCUCAUCUCUGACUGCAUCAUUCAACAGGAUUCGCACUGCGAAGGCCACCCAGAUCACACAGCCGUCAGGAGAUGAACAACAGGAUCCUUUGUCAGACGAUGACACUACAUAUCUUCUGCGCACCACCGACAUCAAAACCCUGACCAUCCACGAACUGCAAGUCUCAAUCUGCGAGUGGCAGUAUGAUUGGGGCCCUGCCAAUAUCUGGGAGAAAGUUUUCAAUGAAAAACUUUGGCUGGCCCAAGACCGGAGCAACUGUGCGGUCAACCAUUUUUUUAGCCAAUGUGAGGAACACACCACGCUCGGACGAGCUCUACUCAGUGACUUAAAGCGCAUUGCGUAUGGUCCGUGCAGUAAUGGUAAACAGGUGAGGGAUAGAUGUAUGCGAAUGUAUGAUCAGGUUUUGAUGGUGUUGUCAGAGGUCAAGUUUUUUGAGGUCAAACUUGACGAGUACACUCCAGCUAUUCCAUUAUCUAGGAUAUCUUCUGCACAAUACUAUGAACAUGCUUAA